AUGGACGACUCUGACGACGAAGAAGAUCUCGGCUUCCUCAAAAAGCGAACGCGCUCUAGAAAACCUCGCCUAUUUGCAGGGUAUAACGACGACGACGACUCAGAAUCUGACACUCUAAUAGAAGAAUCAGAUGACGAAGACCGCUGGCGAUCUCACCACAAGACCAAGAAGAACAAGACCAAGGACACCAUCGUGUCGGCAUAUCCACAGCAACUGGACAACAAGAAGCAGGAAGAAGUCGAACAGCUCAUCACACAGCUCCACGGUAUGUCUCUGAACGACCCAACUUACGCGGCUCUAUAUUACAGAGCAAAGAAGAUCGACCCUGACAUUGUCGGAGUCGUAUCGGCCCCCUCGACUAUGGUACAAUCGACGCCUCAAGUUAUGAACAGGAACUACAACUCGACUCCACCUAUGCCGACUCAAGUUCAAGCACAGCCACCACCACCGCCGCCACAGCCUCAACCACAGCGACAGUAUCAACAGCAAUCACCCUCGACAUUCCCCAACAAUUUUAGGGCGACCCAAUUCAUGUGUUACGGAUGCGGACAGGCAGGACACAGGAUAGCAGUCUGUCCUGAACUCAAGCCCUACCGUGAUCAGCACUACAUCAAGACAGUUGACGGACGACUCGUGCAAGCUAACGGCGAACCCAUACCUAGGAAUCCAGGCGAACCUAUGAUCAAAACCAUCGAGCGGAUGUUCCCAAGGUCCAAUAUCACUGUGGUUCCAGAAGAACUCGACCAGAUCUGGCUGAACAAUGAACAGGAACAAGACGACGACGACGAUGAAGUCACUGUCUAUAUGGCACGUGAUGGAUUGCGAAGCGGUACCAGACCCAAGGACAGCUCAAAAGCGAAUCGGAUUCCAGCGCACGACACCUCCUUCCCCAAAAUGACCAACAAAGGAUGGGUAGGCAAGCAGCGAAAUCCUCCCAAGCCCGCGGAUGCCCAGCCUCAACACACCCCAGUCGACGUCUUUGACAAGGCAUUCAACUCGGACGACUCGGACGUCAUUAUGGAAGACCCUCAACUUGUGCCUGUCACUAUACUCAAACGACCUUCGCCUACCACUCAGGAGAAGGACCGCGAAGCUCAGAAGUCUGGCAAACUGACAUCUUUAAAUUCUGAACAGGUCGAUCACGACGCCAUCUACAAUCGGUUCCUCAACGCCAAGGUUGAACUUACUCAACAGGAACUCUGCGCUAUCUCUCCAGAGAUUUCCAGGCGGGUUGUCAUGGAUAACAAGCCUACCAGGUCUCAACUCAAGGAAAACAAGGAGCAAGAACCUACCGGACCUACCGUUGCAAGAAUUGUUGGCGACAAUGCACCAGCACCGAAGCUUCCAUCGCGCAUCACAGAAGUUCGCCAGAGUCUCAUCAAGAUCAAUGCUGAAGUUAAUGGCAACACUAUACCUGCGGUCAUCGACACCGGCUCUAUGAUCAACAUCGUGCACAAGACCAUCUGGGAACAAUACAUCAAACGACCUCUCAACAGAUCUGUUACCUUCCCGGUAAAAGAUGUCAAUGGCGGAACAGGACGACUAAUCGGCUUGGUUGGCGAAGUACCUAUCGACUGUGGAAGAGCAAGGACGAUCGCCCAAUUAUGGGUAUCGGAUUCUAUUGACUUCCCUCUUUUGCUAGGGCGACCUUGGACAUCCUCAAAUUCAGUCGAUAUUAUCGAACGGGACGGCACCUACCUCAUAUUCAACUACCCGGAACACAAUGUGCAACUCGAACUCAAGACCAUGGGCCUUACUACGGACAACGGACUUAGCGAAAAUCGCGAACGCGCCGGGCCGGAACGUCACCGGUGGCGUGAGAAGCCGCCGCAAGACGCGCCUCACGUGCUCGCCACGCGACUACCGGUCAUGGAGGAAUGCGACGCUCAAUCUUAUCUCUCAGCAACACCGCCACCCCGACGCCCGACGACCGACACCGACAAUCUAUUCGACGACAUCGCCGCUCCCUCGAACUCUCAGCUCGCCCACGCCCAGUCAAGAGGCGACUCUACGGACCUCGACGACGACAAAUGCCAACGCAUUCAAGCGUACAUUGACACGGCCAUCCGGUCGGGUCAAGGAGAUCCUUAUCAUGCCCGCCUCUUCUCUCGACCACUGCGCGGCGGGGAAUGGACGCCCCUCGAAGACUCGAUCGCCCAUCUCCCAACGGGGAUGCGCAGGCUACUAGGUACGUACGGCACCUUCGAAGUAACGCUCACCACCUCAGACAAUAGGCGGAUGCGCGUCCUCGUCACCUUGGCGCACCCUCGAACGGCUCCCGAACACACGCCCUCGCCAGAUUUGGCCCGACUCCAUCAAGAACCCACCGAAAUAGAUCACCGGCACGACCUCGACUUACCUCAUGAAGCCUCAUCCGGCAGGAUUGACUCACGCGAACGCCUUCAAGCACCCGGCCCAUCUGACAACAGCGAUCCUCUCCAUCGCUCGUCUUCCCCUCUCGACCCCCACCAUGCUCACCGCGGCAGAAUCGUCGAACUCGACGAUGCCGGUGAGUACAUCGGCAGCACUCAAACGCUAUCCAACUCGAACAUCUCUAGGCACCCGGAGCGUCCAUUGCUCCCUAGGACAAUAGCUGGCCGAUCGCCGCCAGCGGACGCAUCGAUUCUCGAACCGACGAUAUCCACCACCACCAGCGACACCGACGAGCACCCACCAGUGGAAGCCCACCAUGAAUGCAACCCCGACUCGCGAACCGAAGAGACGCCCGCUACGCCUAGGUCUCGGCUUUGCGAGCGCGGACGAUCGUCACCGUCGUUAGGUACGUGCCGGGCGAAAAUUCGGAGCCGCUCGCAGCGAGACCGAUGGGUAGAAACCCCGAACCUCGUACGCUCGACUCAAGACCCCGGACGACUCAUCGAACACCUCAACGCAGCCGCUCUGUUUCGAGAAGAAGUACACCCGCCUGACGGAUCGAAUGCGGUAUUGUACAUCAUCGUCGCGCCCUCUCCCUACGCUAACGAACCAGACGACUCUCCAGCCGACGGUAGCGGAACAAAUACACCGGAUCGGCUACAGGACGUACCUCCCGAAGAUCCCCGCAGAUGGCCGUCGUCCUUUCGACCAAUGCUGGUGACCAGUAUAUUUUAA